UUGACGGUUCUCUGUUGGCGUUUUGUGGAAAAUUUUUACUCGCAGAAAAAGUUUGUUUGUGUAUAAAAAGUGGCAGUGGAAAGAGGAAUUCUCAUCUUAUCGCAGUAUUCCAGGCAUCUGGUCACAACGCUUAAACCCCGAGCAAGUCGCAGCGGGCGCGUCAUUCGACUUUUGUCCGCUGAACAGAACAAAUCGAUUGCCGCAGAGAAAACUCCAGAAGUUUUUCUUUUCUACACCCAUUUUCCGCAAGAAAAAGCUUUUUUCACAAAAAUUCAGUGAAAUUCUCUAUAGAAAAGCGUGUGGUGGUGAAAACAAUUAAUUUUUCCCCGUUUGGAAGUGAAAGAAAAGGUUAUCCGGAAAAUGCAGGAGAGCCCCAAAAGGAAGGUUCGCGUCUGGUGUGAUGGAUGCUACGACAUGGUGCACUUUGGGCAUGCAAAUGCCCUCCGACAGGCCAAAGCCCUGGGGGACAUCCUCGUCGUUGGUGUGCACACGGAUGCUGAGAUAACCAAGCACAAGGGUCCGCCGGUUUUCACUGAGGAAGAAAGAUACAAGAUGAUUAAGGGCAUCAAGUGGGUGGAUGAGCUUGUUGAAGGUGCGCCCUAUGUGACAAAUCUUGAGACUCUCGAUCAAUAUGAUUGCGAUUUCUGCGUACAUGGAGAUGAUAUAACAAUGACAGCCGAUGGUGUGGACACAUAUCACCUGGUUAAAGAAGCAAAACGCUACAAAGAGAUCUCACGGACAGCUGGUAUCUCAACAACUGACCUAGUUGGGAGAAUGCUACUCCUAACUAGGAACCACUUCCGUCAGGGAAAUGAUGAGUAUUCCAUUGAGAAAGAAGGACACCACGAUGCUUUGGUUAAAUUAUUACAAAAAUAUAAAAUUUGUAAUGAUGAAAUAGGUUCAUCUCGAAUGGGCCAAGAUCAUUCGGCGCGGAGCCCGUGGACGGGAUGCAGUCAAUUUUUGCCCACAACGCAAAAAAUUAUUCAAUUCAGCGAUGGGAAAGCACCAAAGCCAGAUGAUAAAAUUGUCUACGUAGCUGGAGCCUUUGACCUCUUCCACGUGGGGCAUUUGGAUUUCCUCGAGAAGGCCCGUGAGAAGGGGGACUACCUCAUUGUGGGGCUACACACAGAUCCAGUUGUUAAUGAGUACAAGGGUAGUAACUACCCCAUAAUGAAUCUCCAUGAGCGCGUUCUCAGUGUUUUGGCGUGCAAAUACGUCAAUGAGGUGGUCAUUGGGGCCCCAUAUGAUGUGACAAAGGAGCUCAUGGAGCACUUUAAUGUGAGCGUUGUGUGCCACGGACAGACCCCCAUUGCACUUGGUGAGGGUCAAACAGACCCAUAUGCUGUGCCCAAAAUGAUGGGAAAAUUCUUUCUUCUCGAUUCUGGAAAUUCAAUGACAACAGAGAAGAUUGUGGAGCGUAUAAUCAAGCAUAGGCUUGAGUAUGAGCAGAGAAAUACGAAGAAAGAGAAAAAGGAACUUGAGGCUUAUGAGGCAUCACAGAAACUCAAAUUAACCCAAAAAUCCGGCUGAAUUUCUUCUCAAAAUUCUCCACCGAGUGGGGAAUGAGGAGAAGGCAAAAAAAUAAUCUUUCCCAAUUUUUUUCGUACAAAUUAUUUUUUUAUAAUGCUUGUUAUCCGAUUUUUUAUUGUCGUCUAAUAUGAACAAAAUUCCAAGCUGUUGAUAUUUAUGUAAUGUAGCGUUGUUUUUUUUUUGUUUGUGAAGGAAAGAGUGGGUGGGAGGAGAAGAAAAUGUUUAAGAGUGAGAUUCUUUUAGGGGAGAGAUGAGAAUCUUGAUGAGAUUUCUGUCUCACAGUCAAAUGUAGAUUUUAUUUUUUAAAACAAUUUUUUGAUAUCUUUCGUGACUGAAUUGAUACCAAAGCUCGAAACGCGGAGGAGGUUGGAAAGCCAAUGAACUUAUGCGUCUGCUGUAUGAGAUUUUAAACAAUUAAUAAUAUUAUAAAUUUUAAAAGUUUGUGCAUCACAAGAUAUUCCAAAAUAGUGUUGACAAGAUUAAAAAAAAAACUCUGUAUCCAAAAUAAAAAAUAAUAAUAAAA